AUGUACUUGUCCUCGGCUGUUCUGGUCAGCUUUGGCCUUGUCUCCUUCACCACGGCAGCCACAGCUCCAGAACGCCGAGUGCAAGUCUGCAAUGGCCAUGCUGAGUUCUGCGAUCGAAAGUAUUCCAACGUCUCCCUCAUUGGCACAGUAAGCGAAUCGAAGCCGACCGGGUAUGCUCAUCUUCCAGUCACAUGUAUGCUUAUUGCCCUCUCAUCAGCACGACUCGGCGUUUGUAGGAAGCAUCCUGGUCAGUCUGUCUGUCUAGAUAUCUCUCCCAGGGCAUACAUACACAACAAAUACCGGCCGAGAAAAUACACGACACAAAUCUCACAACGUUUUUCAUUUUGAACAGGACCCGCGAAUCAACCAAGAGAAAACCGUAACCCAACAACUCGACGCCGGAAUCCGUUUCCUCCAAGCCCAAACCCACCUCCGCGCCGAUGAUGACAACGACAACGACAACGACAGUGGGAUCGCGCUGUGCCACACCUCAUGCGCCCUCAAAGACGCCGGCCCGCUGGAGACAUACCUCUCCACCAUCAAGACCUGGCUCGACGCGCACCCGGACGACGUCGUCACCCUGCUCCUCACCAACGGCGACGGCAUCGACAUUGCCCGCUUCGGCGCCGCUUUCCAUACCACCGGCCUCGCGGCGUACGCCUACACGCCGCCCUCAUCACUCCCCCCUCCCAAUCCCCUACGAUUCCUGGCCCACCUAACUCCGCCCUCAUCGCAAACGCCACCCGCUGCAUCAUCUUCCUCGACAACAUCGUCGUCGUCACCAACUCCAAUCCCUCCUCCUCCUCCUCCUCCUCCUCCUCUUCCGUACCGUACAUCCUCUCUCUCCGAAUUCCUCUACUUCUUCGAAACACCCUACGACACCACCGACCGACCCCAAGUACUUCCCCCAAAUGCACUCUCGACCGCCGCCCCGCCAAAACCUCCCCCCCCCCCCGAGGGCAGGAUGUACAUUGUAAAAUCACUUUUUUAG